AUGCCGAUUAUAUUUGCUAAUUGCAUUGAACUUAUUGAGUCAAAAGAAGGGCCAGCUGUUACUGGUAUGAAAACUUGUAAAUUUACAUAUGACUGGACAAUUAAAAAUUUCGGAGGAUGGAAUGGUGAUACAUUUGAAUCACCAAUUUUUUCAUCUCAUUAUGCUGAUUUUAACGAUAAUUGGAGUUUAAAAUUUUAUCCACGUGACAUUUAUGGUGCGGCUUGUUUUUGUAAAUUUGGAGAAAAAAUUAUAUUGGAUCAAUAUGUUUCAUUAAAUGACCUGGAGUGUACAGUAGAUCGUCAUACAAUGAAUCAUGGAACGUAUUCAAGUCGAAGAAAUGUUAUAAGAAUUCGUUGUACAAUAACAAUGUCUCAAAAAGGAAUAAAAUGUCCAUCUGCAGAUGAAAUUUCAAAAUUUAAUGCAAAACAACAAUUGAGUCAAGACUUGGAAAAACUUUUGUUAAGUGAAAAAUCAAGUGAUGUUACUAUUCAAGUGGGCCAAAAAUCCUUUCGUGCAAUCAAGGCAGUUCUUGAAGUACGCAGUCCAGUUUUUGCUGCAAUUUUUGAUAAAGCAAGUCCCAUUGACCAAACAGCACCAUAUGUUGUUGCUAAAUUCUUUGACUGCACAGUUACACCACGUUUGCAAGCUCAGCUGUAA